AUGGAGAAGGAUCAUGUGUUUUGCCGUAUUAGUACUGUCUUUAAUGGGAUAAAUUAUCUUACUUGGGCCCAUAAAAUGAAGAGUUUUCUAAUAGGAUUCAAGAGACUGGUCAAUCCCACACUUCAACCAAUUUGGACACAAUUAGAUCAAGCUAAAAUCAGUGUUAAUCAUCUUCGUCUUAUUAAGGUUCUUAUGGGGCCUCAUCCAGAAUAUGAAUCUAUUCGUGCAGCUUUGCUGCAUCGCGGUCCUCUUCCCUCACUGAACACAGCAAUUCAAGAAAUCUUGUUUGAGGAAAAACGUCUUGGCAUUGCUUCUUCCAGGCAAUCUGAAGAUAGUGCUUGCAAGCAAUCAUUUUCCUGUAAGAAACAGAGUGUUUUCUCUCGCUUGAGUACGGAGUCUGAAUAUCACGCUUUGGUUGAUGCUACAUCAAAGUUAUUGUGGCUCUGUUGGCUUCUUGCUGAUAUGGGAGUUUCUCAGUUGUCUACCACUAUCCUUCACUGUGACAAUCAUAGUGCCAUCCAGAUUGCUCGCAAUGAUGUUUUUCAUGAGGGCACCAAGCAUAUUAAAAAUGAUUGUCAUUUUGUCCGACAUCAUCUUCAGAGUAAAGCUCUUCUUUUACAAGCUAUUUCUACUACUGAGCAACCUGCUAAUAUUUUCACCAAAGCUUUGUCCUCUUCCAUUGGUUAA